AUGUUCACAGUAUUUGCCACGCUCUUCGCCUUCUUGGCCCUCUCUGUCAACGCCUCGCCCCUAUCCCGCCGUGAUGUAAUUGCCCCCAGAAUUACUAGCCCAAACGCGCAGACAGUAUGGCCCAUUGGAACAGUGCAGACAGUGACCUGGGACACGUCCAACUUCCCGCCAGACUCGCAGAUCACGAAUCCAAUUGGCCAGGUUAUCCUUGGGUUCAACUCGAGCGACAGUCUGAACCUUGACUUCAAAAAUCCACUGGCUCAAGGAUUCAAGCUGAGGGAUGGACAUGUACAAAUCACAGUCCCGAACGUUACUCCCCGUAAUGACUAUCUCAUCGUCUUGUUUGGUGAUUCCGGCAAUACUAGUCCGUCGUUUGCUAUCACUCAAAUCGCUGGCGGAUCCUCUUCCACGACACCGGAGUCUAGCACAGCGGGUGCUACUUCGUCAACACUGAUCACCACACCCAUUCCAAUCACUGGUUCAGUGAUAACUGGUGGAUCGUCAUCUUCAGCAACGGACUCCAGCUCAUCUUCUUCACCAACACCGACUGCCCCGUUGUCUUCCUCAUCUUCCAUAUCCUCUACACCGUCUUCCGCAUCUUCUACAUCUUCAGAUUCGUCUGCAUCGGUGUCCUCUUCCUCCUCUGCUCCUGCAGACUCCUCUUCUCCAUCACCGUUGACUGGCUCGGCAUGGUCCCUUCACCAGACAAGCCUCAGCACUGUUUCUUUAUGCAUGACUUUCAUGAUCAUGCUCAUCACGAUCUAA